AUGGGAGAUUCCAAGACUCCAGCUGAAUCAUGGCAGGCCAAGGCUUCUGCCAAAAGAGCCCGGCGAGACUCGGCUAUACCAGCCGAGUGGAAGCUGCCUGUAACCAUUUGGGACUCCCUCAAACUACCAUUGGAGUCGAACAAGAACAAUCUCAUCGAGCUCGAAAUCGUCAAAAAGUCUGGCAUCUUGACACGGAAGGAGUUGGAAAUUACCGAAAACUAUAAAGUCAAUGCCUUGCUAGACUUGCUGGCCACUGGCAAGCUAUCAGCCCUAGAGGUGACGAUUGCAUUUUCCAAGCGUGCAGCCAUUGCGCAAGAGCUGACCCAAUGCCUCACGGAGACCAUGUUUGAUCAAGCCCGGGAGAGAGCCCGAUAUCUAGAUUCUCUACAAGCCCAGGGCAAACUAGCUGGACCCCUUCAUGGACUUCCAGUGAGCCUCAAGGAUGGAUUCCAGGUUGCCGGGGUGCCAGCCACUCUGGGCCUUCUUUCAUACGUUGAUUUCGUGUCGGAUACAAACUCUCCACUUGUCGAUAUACUUUUAGAUCUCGGCGCCAUACUUUACGUCAAGACAAACAUUCCCCAAACCCUGUUGACUACAGACUCCUCCAACAAUAUAUACGGACGUGUCCUCAAUCCUUGGAACACUGCUCUAUCGGCUGGAGGGUCAAGCGGUGGCGAGGGAGCAUUGGUGGCAUUCCGCGGCUCGCCCUUGGGAGUAGGUACUGAUGUCGGAGGCUCCAUUCGGGUUCCCUCUACUUGCAACGGAACUUAUGGAUUCAAGCCAACCACAUCUCGUGUACCUUAUGGUGGCCAACAAACAUGCAACAAUCCUGGUCUAAAAUUCGUCGUCGCUGCCGCGGGGCCCAUUGCAAAUGAUUUUGAUGCUCUUGAAUUAUUUGUCAAGACGGUGCUCGACAAAAGACCUGCCGCUCUGGAUUCGAGUGCGCUCGACUUGCCCUGGCGUACCGUGGGUAGCCAGGAGGGCAAGAAAAUUCGAUUUGGCUUCCUUUCAGAAGACCCAAACUUUCCAAUCCAUCCUCCAGUGAGACGGACACUGGAGAAUGCAGCAAAGGCUUUGAAAUCAGAAGGUCACGAGGUGAUUGUACUCUCCCCAGAUGAAGGUCUUGUCACCGACUCGGUAGCAAUUGCUGGACUCAUUCUUGGAUUGGACACUACUCCAGCGCAACUCGUUCAAGCCGGUGGCGAACCUUUUAUUCCCUCGCUCGUGGCUAUUCAGCAGGCGAGCGCCAAGAUGCGCAUGUCUCCGGAAUACAGCAAGUUUGCACAUCUCUCGCAGCUCGAAGGACUCGAAAAGCUUGCCGCGUUGAACAAGGAAAGAUCUAGAAUUCUGGCCGAGUGGAACAAGCUGUGGGCAAAACACCAAAUUGAUGCCGUCAUUGCACCGUCCACAAGGACCACGGCAGUCGAGCAUGAUGCCAUGGGAAUUCCCGCCUAUACAUUGCUAUUGAAUCUCCUUGAUUAUCCGGGCUGCGUGCUCCCGUAUGGCAAGGUCGAGCCAAUUGAUGUCGCUGAUGAGAGAGGACCAGCCGAACUGAAUAUUCCAUGCAAGAAGCCCAAUGACCCGAUGACUUGGGGUUCAGAGACUAACAUGUGGUUUUCACAGACAAUGCGGAGCUUCUGCAAGGGGCACCGUGUUCAAUUCAACUGUUUACAAGCAAGUUUCGCGACGAAGAGUGUCUUUCCAUUGCAAAGGUGGUUGACAAUUGUUUCAAGCACGUUGUAG